GGCAGUUCUGGAGGUCUCUUCUCCAUUCGUCGUGCCGUCGGCCUGUCGCGUACCAACCUGCCCUUUCCGGCCAGGAAACGUCUCUUCGGCUGGCUGGUGGACCAUCUUCGUGAACCCUACCCUUCAGAGGAGGAGAAGAUGAUGUUGGCCAUGGAGACGGGCCUUUCACGGACCACCGUCAACAAUUGGUUUAUUAAUGCUCGCCGGCGCUAUGUCAAGCCAUUGAUGCAGGGCCGGUUGGUGCUGCAGUCGGGCGUCUUCAAGACGGUCAACUCUUCCGAUCAGAUCGCUUCACCGACCGGCACCAGCGGCAGCACGACAAAUGGCGGCGCUGGCAGCCCAACGACCGGUUCAACCGCAAAGGUUGCCUCUGGCCUCGGCCACACGUCGAUGUCGCCGUCACAUGCAACCGGUCUGUUGGGCGGACGCAGUUGCAGUCCCUCGGGCAGUAGCACCAGCAGUGGGGCCAGAUCUAAAACACCCUCACAACAGUUGGGCCAUGUCGUCUCGGCGACAUCGGGCCAAGACGUGAGUGGGCCCACCUCUCCGGGCCACUUGCCCUCGUCUGCCGCCUGUCUCUCUCUCUCGCCCCAUGCCACGACGACCGCGCCUGUUGCCAUGUCGACCGUCACGAGUCUGCCGUCUUCACAGGCCCCGCUUGCGCCUCCGCCAUUUCUGCUGUCGCCUCUCUUCUCAGCCUCGGCUGCUGUGUCGUCCGGCUUUGUCGGCGGUUCCGGCAUCGGCUCAGCGGCGCCCAGCAUCGGUUCUCCGGGACCCGGACUACUCAGUCCCACGACUGGUGCCUUUCACGCCCACGCACACACACAUGCACAUGCACAUGCUCACACUCUCAACCACAACACCCAUCACCAACACCAACACCAUCACCAACACCAGCAUCAGCAUCAGCAGGCUCAUCUCCCUCUCGCCCACAGUCACACGCCCAACACCAAUCAAGCGCACAUUCAUGCCCACUCCGGCCUGCAUUCACAGCACACCUUUGCUCAUCAGGCCACCGGACGCCAGCCUCACCAGCGCAUCAGCCUGUCUGGCGGCACCCCUCCGCCCGGCCUCUCGCAGACCCUUCAGCCGACUUCUUCGUCUCCCUUCGCCGGACUCGCCUCCUCCGGCGCCACGACGUCUCUAUCCGGCCAUUCGGCUCCGUCCCACUUUGUCUCCGGCCUCUCUUCCGUCCUGCCACUGCCACCCGGUCUCACGGGCAUUCCACCCCCACCAGCAUCCUCCGCCUCCCCCUCCUCCUCCUCCUCCUCUUCCUCUUCCUCUUCUUCCUCCUCAUCCUCUUCCUCAUCUUCCUCCUCAUCUUCCUCCUCCUCCUCCUUCUCCUCCACCUCCGCGUCCACCUCUUCUGCCGCGCUCUCGCUGGCCGGCAGUCCGGUGACGACCAACACGGCGGCGGUCGCAGCUGUCGACGCCCUUUCUGCGAUGGCAGUUGCUGCGGCCGCUGCCGCUGCUAUGGCCGGCGGCAGCGGCGGUGCCGGGCUCGCGGCCAGCAACCAGGCCGGUCUUGGCGCAGGUCUGCACGCGCCCGUCUCUGCGGCCGGCCAGAGUCUGCUGGUGAAUCCGUUUCUUUCUGCCGCCGCUGGCAUGGCGGCUGCUGGUCUCGUCAAACCGACAGACUUUCACCAACUCGGAUAG